UUCUUGUGUUGUAUCCUUUGUUUGUGCAGCGGUCCACGAGCCUCCUGGCUUGUCUGGGCAUUACGAGCCCUUAGCUUGUAAUCACCAUCAAGCAACAGUACCAAGCAUCCUUCUGGAGUGGAGCUACACUAAAGUAAAGGGCCCAGCUGGUUACACUAGCUAAAGAGCCAUGCGACUGCAUGGACUGUAACCGUUGUCACAUGAAGCAUGUCAGCCCUAGAAAGCGGCUUCUACCUUCCAUGCACUUUUCUUCCUCAUUCCACAUUCUCAUGGGACAAAAUCCAAAAGAGGGAAUCCAAUUGGAAGAUUCCGCAAUGUGUAGGUGCCGUUCCCGGCAGAUUGCUCAAUGGACGGCUUCCAUCACGUUGGAGCCCUUGGCAGCCAGCAGGGAAAUGGCGCUGGCAGCGAUGGAGUCAGACCAGUACGGAAAGCAGCAGGAGUGGGUUGCCGUACUGUACUCUGGCACGUACUGAUUACCGGGGAGCCCGUUCGCCUGCCGGUGCCGGCGAAGCAGCAGCCGCAGUGAUGACCAGCAGACAGCGGCAGCACAGGAAGCAGGGCACGCAGUAGCAGCCGCAGCAGAGCCCUGCCUUAGCGGCAACCCCUUCAGUAGCAUGUGAGCUCGCGAGCCCCCGGAAAUGUUGCUGCCCACUCCCCCUCAUGGUAGCUGCCCACGCCGCAGCCACUGGUUGCGCCCCUGCAGCCGCUGCAACAGCUGUAGCUGGGCGUACUCCGGGUCAAGUUCAGGCUCUACUGGUCUGGCGAGGCGCGCUCUAUCCGCACCAGCAGCACAGGUUGGGAGCCGGGAGCAAAGCACGACACACUCAGCGAAGUUAACUAUGAAGACAGCAUACCUUCCCAUCACUACGCACAUACUCGUGUGGACCAACGUGGCGGCCGUGCACCACUCCGUGCACCACUCCGCUUCCUCCGUUAUCCUACCCUCAACCCCAGCAGGCCCCAUCGGGCUGCCCCUAUGCUGUCGAAGCGUCCUCCCCGCUUCCCUCCACCUCCGGCGGCUGCCCGGUGCAGUCCCCCUCCUCCGCCUCCCCUUCCGCGGACGGUGGCACUCUCAACCCGCUCAACAACAUCCCCGCCUCGCUGUCCGCCAUGCCUCCCGAGGUCCCCGGCCUCAGCUCGCAGCGGCAGACCUCCAACAUCCCCAUGUCGCCGCCCGAAAAGUUGCCGCCGCACCAGCAGUCGGGGCAGGACUUCUGGGUCUACCCCUCGGAGCAGAUGUUCUUCAACGCCAUGAAGCGCAAGGGUCUCCUGCUGUUCGACCGACACGACUGGAUGGUGGACCGCCGCGGCAAGGGCUGGGACCCGCAGGCUGACGACAUGCGCAGUGUGGUGGCCAUCCACAACUCCGUCAACGAGCGCGCCUGGCGGGAGGUGAUGGCGUGGGAGCGGCUGCACUGCCAGGAGUGCGCGGAGCCGCGACUGAAGCGCUUCCAGGGCCGACCCAGCGACCUAAGCCCCAAGGCGCGACUGCUCAACUUCAUGGGUUCCGGACUGCCCUUCGACCGCCACGACUGGGUGGUGGACCGCUGCGGCAAGGAGGUUCGCUACAUCAUCGACUUCUAUAACGGCGCCCCGCAGCCCGGCCAGCGCGCCGCCGCCGCCUUCUUCCUGGACGUGCGGCCCGCACUGGACUCGUUCGAGGCGGCCUGGGACCGGGUGCGCAUGCAGCUGUCCUGGGUGACGAGCGGCCGCUGGAGGGACUGAGCGGGGGAGGACGGGAAGACAGAGGAGCCAUGCGUUGAGGAGGGGAGAGGGAGGCGCGAGUGGAGGGGUUAAGGAGGAUGGAUGAAUCAGCAGAAGAGGGAGGGAGUGUAAGGAGGAAGGGUGCAUAGAGCGGGUAGGCUUUGAAGUAUGCGAUUGCGGGUCGGCUGCGAGCUCAGGGAGCUCCGUGGCAGGGAUGAUGAUGAGGAGGGAAGGAGUGCGUGCAGGUGAUGGGCCGGCUGUUUGUAAGAAGUAAGGAGGGAGGGCUUUGUGCGCGGUUGGGCGGUUUCAGUGCCGUCACGUCACCAUGUGGGUCAGGGCUUGGUGUGUCGGGCGUGUGCGACCUCUGGGGCUACGGUGUCCAGGGCGGCGGAUGAAGGAGUCACACUUGAGGGCCCUUGCUUGAACACCUAGCCGUGACAAGCGCAAUCACGCAGCACAACCCAUGCAGCUGCGUAUACGCGACGUAAGGUGGAAAUAAGAGGCCAGGU